AUGGGCAGGCCCAACAUGUUGCAGCUCCUGCACUUUGCCGUGCUCUGUUUCUUCCUUCUCCUCCCCUCGGUGCUGUGUGACAACCUGUUUUGCUACUACAGCCCCAUCCUGGAGGAGAAGAAAUUUGAGCUCAUUGUGACCGAGUGCCCUCCCGACGAGCUGUGCUUCAAGGCCGAAGGUCUCUAUGGCAACUACAGCGCACUGUCGGCCAGGGGCUGCAUGGCGAAGACGGCCUGCAGCCAGGAGCACAGCCUCCGCCUCAAAGGCACCGUGUACUCCAUGAGCUACAGCUGCUGCGAGUCGCCGUACUGCAACUCCUGCCCGGGCGCCACAGCCAAGUCCCUCUACGUCACGGUCACACUCAUGACUGUCGCUCUGAUGACUGGCAGCUGGUGACUGAAGACACCUGAUGCGCGGUGUUAUUUUUAGGGUUUUAUGUCGAGGGGGAAUAUGCUUGAUGUGAGCGUUGGGAAGAUGUAUCUCUGCAGCCUCAGCAUCGAGUAAUGCAGAGAGCCCCAAGAGCUUUGUGGUGAACGCCCAGUCUAAAAUCACUGAGGUGUGCACCAACCAGAUGUUUCAGCAUAUUAUUUUACAUUAUCUUGGUGAAUAUUGUUUUUAUAAUGUUUUAAUGUCUUUUAAAUAAAGUAUAUAAUAUUU